GGACCACCAGAUGAUUAUUACGCGUUAGCAGCUUCAUAUUCAGCAUUUAGCAGCAAAGUUAAACAGGCUACACAGCGUAUAGGUUAGUAUACUCGUGGUGUGUUGCACAUGGACUGAGAUAAUGACUGCACGAGCUCACUGAAGAAGAGUAAAGCUAGUAAAGCUAGCUGCUAACUAGUUGCUAGGUUAGCUUGCUGCUAGCUGCUUCAGCUCCUGUUUCACCUUCAUCCUGAAGAAUGUCAAGCUCAACCCACCAGAGACACCAUCCUCAUAAAGUGACUGGGUGGAGUGCCAACAUGCAGAGUUUGGUGGUGCAGGCUCUUGCCAUGAGGCAGCUGGGAAGGUUGAAUCCUCGCCACCUGCUGGCUGCUGGAUAUGGACUUAGGCAGAACGAAUGGUGUCCCAGGACCAUCCACACACGCCAGUUGUGGGGUUGCUCGGCUUUCCCCGCACUUGGCUGUCACAGGCCCGCUCUACGUGGCAGAGACGCCGUCAGGGGUUGGUCUGUCCACCAGCUGAGGUUUAAAAGCAACAAGAAGAAAGUAGCUGCUCGGGCAGCACAGGAGGACGAGGAUGAAGACGAGGACGAAAAAGACCCUGAGGACAGCGAUUAUGAAGACGAGGUGGAUGAGAACCCAAAUCUACCGAAGGACUAUAAAGACAUAGAGAAACAUGUGCCGUCGUUUCGAUAUGAUGUCAUCAUGAAAGCUGGCCUGGACAUGGCACGCAAUAAAAUUGAAGACGCCUUCUAUAACAACAAGCUCAGGUUAAAUGGACAGAAACUCAUCAAGAAAAAUAAAACGGUGAAAGUCGGGGACACCUUGGACCUGGUACUGUCGGAGAACCAAGAAACAAGCACGGUUACUCUGAUGAGAGUCAUCCUACGGAGGGUUUUCGGUGUAUCCAAUAACACAGAAAAGCACAAAGUUGCCAUAAGACGCUGGAAAUGUAUAGAGCUUCCCAAGGAUGAGGCAUUUAAGCCACAAACUUGAAUAGGACCCUGUUGACUGUAAUACCAUUUGCCAGUGAAGGCAACAACACCCGCAGAAAAGUUGGAUCUCGAAUGGAUUACAAAGGUAUAAUGUAAAGUUUAAACAGUUCUCAGUGGUUGUGUAGACAUUAAGCAGUUGGUUGGGGGAAAGACUGAGUGUUUACCUUUCCCCAUUAUACUGUGAGACUCCUCUAAUAAAAGUGCAUUUUGACAUCAUGUUCCUAAUGAGUUGGCUGAUAAAAAGCAUAUGACAUUG